UCGAAAUCAGAAAAAAGAAUAACUUUCGAAGAAAACAGUAAGAAAGAGAAGUCGUUUUCCUUGUCAGAGUUUUUAGAAAGAAUGAAAAAAUAAAUAAAAGAUCAAAGCUUUGUACAAGCAACUGCAGAUCUGCCAGGUUUAACAGACUUGGUUGCUUUAAUUGAGUGAAAAUUCGAAAUUAAUAAUAAUAAUAAUAAUAAGAAUAAUAAUAAUAAAAGGGUGGAAAGCAGUGGUCCGCAUUGUUUUUGGAAAGAGCAAGUGGCGUUGAAAUUGAAUCUUUCCAGCAGCCAGGCGAGCGCGUAGCAAUGGAGUCAGAAACGGCGUCUUCGGCAGAUGAACAGCAAGCGGCUGAUACCAGAGGCAAGCAUCGGAUUCUUGCUGAACUCAAGCGUGUCCAACAAGAAUCCAGAUUCCUCGAGGAAGAGAUGGAAGAGCUUGAGAAAACAGAUAUUAUAUCGACAUUGUGUGAGGAGUUUCUGCAUUGCACGGAGACCAGACCUGAUCCACUACUCUCAAUAACAAAUGGUCCUAUAAACCCAGCAUGGGAUAUAUGGUUUGAAGGGCCCCCAGAUUCACAAGGUUGCAGAUGCUGGAUUCUGUGAUUUGAGGCAAUCUAACAUUUGUUGCCAAUAUGUUACAGCUCAAUUGUUAUCUUAACAAAUGUUCAAUUGACGCUUUCCACGGUGUGCAAUGCCAAAAUUUUCGGAUGGCUCAAAUUGAUUGUACAUUUUACUUCUAUGUUCUGAUAAAAUUUGUAUAUCAGAUACUACAUCUACUGCAGAAAUGAGCUUCAAAACAAGUUAUUUCCAAAUUUAACCUAAUUAUUUAUUGGGUGUAGAUUUGAAAUUUUGAACAGGAUAUGGUAAUAUGUUACAAAAACAUACGAAAAAGACAAAAUAAUAUAGUUUAAA